GUCGUCAGCUUCAUUUCGAAACGUUUGCAACGUCAGCUAACGCUUAAAAUACACGUUUUAUACGUAGCAGUUUGGAAAAUUUAAAAGCAACUUGGCUUUAAUUCUUUGCGGUUAAUAUUUAGAGCAAAGCCUAACACAAGUCUAACGCAUAUCCAACGUAUCCCUACCACAUACAUAAUUAAUUCUAUUUAAUUCAAUUGCAACGUGUGUGUGAACAAAUUGCUAAAAGAAAAAUCUUAACAAAUUAAAUUUCGUUGCUUUAUUUUUAUUGGAAUAUAAAACUAAAGUCACUAACAAAAACGAAUUCUCAAAACAAUUGAAAACGAUAAAUACAUAAGUUUAUAUAUACACAAAUAUAUAUAAUGGCUGCUUAUGCUGCGUUUAAACAUGUCGAAAUCUAUAAUGUUGGCAAAGCCAAAAAGAGGGUGUUGAGGACACCAGGCGGCGGUUCAAGUGACAUUUUUGGCUCGGACAUGCCUCAAACUCCACGAACCAUGAAGAAUCGCAUGGCCUCAAAUAUUUUCACGGCCGAGAAAGAUGCCGCUCUGAAGAACAACGUACGACAAGGAGCUCACAGAUUCUAUUUUAUUGGAGAUGCACCACGACGCGGCCAAAAGACUGUGGACUCGUACUCUCGGCUGUUUGGUGAGCCGGCACGUCCGAUAACGCCAGCCAAGAAUCACAUGAAGAGCAGCAUUCCAUUCGGCAAGAAUACGGACUCCGCGCAACAAACCCUUCCCAAUAACAAGGGACUUUAUAAUGGCAAAAGUGGUUCGGUAUCCUCAGCCUCAUCUUCCGUUUCCUCUUCGACUGAGAAUCUGAAAAUCAAUGGAGGCGGCAGAUCAGAGGGCAAUCCCGUCACUGGCGAGGGAUACAAGCCAGGUGCAACAGACUACAUCCAACCAUCGUCGGCGUCGGCUCUGAACGGCAGCAACCAGGUGAUCAACAAGAAUCGUGUACCACCCGGUGGCUAUUCGUCGGGCCUUUGGUAAUUGGUGAAUUGUGGUUAAAACGAACACGCAAUACAACAUUUUCGAUGUCCAACGGAAGAAGUGAGCAGCACACCAGCAAAACAGACGGACAGCCCAGCAAACAAAAUGUUUAACCAACACAGAACGAACUCUUCGAUCAACAAAUUUUAACGCGAAUUUAGAGCUAGCGUUUUUAUUAUUAAGAAGCAACAAACGGCAGAGCUGCAACAACCAUCCAUUCAUCAAUACUCAAUAAUACUAUAAAAAAACCUUGUUCAACCAUUAAACAAGAUGAUUUUUAUCCGCGAAGAUGAGAUGACUGUCGCUGCGCAAACAACAAAGAACAUCGCGUUAACUUCUGCUCAAUUGCUCAACGUCAGAUAAUACCAGGCACUCACCUUCACAGUCCAUCGAAAUAAUUGAUUUUAAAUAUCGCUGUAUCCACUAUAUAACUCCUGUUAAUUGAACACAACAACAACAACAUGCAAUUUAUUUUUACAUAUACGUAUGUAAUAUAAUCGAUCGAUAUCUAAUCAGUUCUUUUAGAUUUGUGUUUUUUUUCAAACAACCCUCAUGCAUAUUGAUAUCGCGAUAUAAUUAUACUAUACCAUAAAGACAUACCCACAAUUAGAGUUACUUACAUCUUUCAAUAUACUACGAUAUUACUAAAUGCCCUAUGCAGAUCUUUAGGAUACAACCAAAAAACAAAACAAAAACAAGUAAAA